UGAUAUAAACAGCUCAUUAUGUCCGUAUCAAACGCCUAGAUGUCGAUUUAUACAAUAACAUAAUGUUGUUUACGGUCUGGCAUGUUUCUAUUUAAGAACACAGUACUUUCUACAGGGUAGUGAUCUUUCAGUGUCCCUCUGAUAUAUGUCCACGUGUAAGCCUCAGGUUGCCGUAUAUGGAGGUCCAACGUAAAUAUUGCCGUAUUACUCAUUCGAAACAAUUUCUGAAAUAUGUUCCUUGUGUUCAAUGCAGUUCAUCGUCCUCCACUCGUUGGUAGACAUUUAUAUACACGUUAUGAGCCAGAACGUUUAAUUUGUGUUGAAAUAUUUUCCUCUACCGUGAACAACUUGAACAUUUAUUUGAUCAAUGCAAAACAGGUUUGUUCUCUAGAGAAAUCCAGUCAACCGAGACCUUGAGGCAGUCAUGUAUGGAAGAAACACGCAUUUCGUUGUGCGUGUAUUCAUUUUCCCAAACACAUCAUCCCCCAUGACGAAACGAGGAAAAAUGUUCACGUUGACUAUUCUCUCCCUAGCCUGUAUAUUUUCGCACACACAAGCUUCUCACUGCACCGAGGACCAGCAUUGUUCGGACUGUGACAUCACGACAGGAUUCUGUACCUCUGACUGUCUACUUGGGUUUUAUGAUCAGAAAUGCAGGUCCAAGUGCAACAAGAACUGUCUGGGCAAAGCGUGCUCACUUUCAAGCAAUGGUAAUGACAAUUGCACGAAUGGUUGCGUGUCUGGAUACCAGGGUACCGGCUGCAACAUACCAUGUGACAGUACAGGAGGUAGCUGUACAGCAUGUCCAGGUGGUUGUGAUGGAGGAUAUUGUCAGCUGGGCUCUUCCUGUGUGUCUGGAUGUGUAGACUCCUACUACGGGGCUGGCUGUAAGAACUGUUCAAGUGGAUGUAAGCAAUGCAACAGAAUAACAGGAACAUGCAUUGAGACGAACCCCGCCAGCGGUUGUGAAGGUGGUUGUGUACCUGGACAUACUGACAGUGGUUGUAAACAUGGCGACUGUGUCCACGGAUCCCGUCACCCAGAUGUUAAACCCCCGGAUACAGGAUGUAAGCCGGGGUUGUAUGGGGACCACUGCAACAAGUCAUGUCGAGUUUGUGGUGAUGGAGAUUGUGAUCAGAUGUCAGGAUUCUGCUUCAGAGGCUGCAACAAGACCGGGCGUGGAUGCAGAUCUUCAUGCAGACUCAACUGUACCCUAGCUGAAUGUACCAUCGAAACAUGCCCUGAAGGAGACCAAGAGGUCAGUGAUGAUCGGGACCUCAAUCAAUCAAUCAACAUGGGUCUCUUGACAGUGCUCUGCCUCUUUGUAUUCUGCAUCCUGAUCACUGUCUGUGUCUGCUACUGCAGAAUUACGUUCUCACAAAGAGCGGGGGCGGUCCAAGAGGAAGUUGAAUAUCGAGAUGAACCAGCCAGAGAGAGGCUGGCAUCCAUGUACAUAAGGUCUCACCAUACAUACUGUGAUGUCGACGAAAGUGGAACUGGUCCAGUGAUAAUCUUUCUGUAGACGGUUCAGAUGAGACAUUGUGAUGAAGAGGAGAUAGACAUGGGUCUAGUGAUAGUCUUUCUCUAGACGGGUCAGAUGAGACAUUGUGAUGAAGAGGAGAUAGACAUGGGUCUAGUGACAGUCAUUCUGUAAACGGUUCAGAUGAGACAUUGUGAUGAAGAGGAAAUAGACAUGGGUCUAGUGAUAGUCGUUCUGUAGACGGUUCAGAUGAGACAUUGUGAUGAAGACGAGGUAGACAUGGGGUCAGUAAUAGUCUUUCUGUAGACGGUUCAGAUGAGACAUUGUGAUGAAGACGAGGUAGACAUGGGGUGAGUGAUAGUCUUUCUUUAGACGGUUCAGAUGAGACAUUGUGAUGAAGAGGAGAUAGACAUGGGUCUAGUGAUAGUCUUUCUUUAGACGGUUCAGAUGAGACAUUGUGAUGAAGAUGAGGUAUACAUGGACCUAGUGAUAGUCUUUCUUUAGACGGUUCAGAUGAGACAUUGUGAUGAAGACGAUAUAGACAUGGGGUGAGUGAUAGGCUGUCUGAAGACGUCGAUGAGGAUUCCAGAAGACAUUGUGAUGAAGACGAGAUAAACAUGGACUGGUAAUAAUCCUUCGCGUUGAUGACGUAGAUGAAAGAUCCUGACAUAUGCUAUCUUGUGCAGGGGAUGUCGACUUGAUCUAUCACUUCAAGGACCAUCUUAGAAUAAAUUCAGGAGGGAAUACCAAUCCCAUUAAUGAGAUGCGGUGAUCUUGUUUCCGUUGAAAUGACGUACACAUAUCACACUGGGACUCUCCAACUUCAAGAUAUGUCAUGGAGAUGUUGUGAUUAGCAGCAUUCCGACUCGGCAUUUCCUAUAAUCAAUAAUAUAAGAAAAUGUUGACUGAUAUGAUAUAUAAAAUGUAGACCUCUUAUAGUCAUUGUCGCUGCGUGUGGCUCAUUACGUCCACACCCAUUCAACUUUCAAUUUCCUUUCCAUGACAGUUUCGUGCAGACUAAUAAUAUAAAUACCAUUUCAAAAUAGUUGCACAGCUCCAUUUGUGUACAGCCCCAAUCAACGACAAGGUGACUGACGAUGUUCAGUCACGCACAGUGUAUUUGUUUUGAAUGUUGAAUAAAGAAUCUAAAUAAUU